AGAUAUUUUCAAGUGUAAGAACGGGAUCCGAUUCGUCCUGAAGCCCUACAUCUGCGAUGGUAUAACAGACUGCUUCGACGGCUCGGACGAGACUGGCUGCCCGUUCAAGGAGCCCCCACCAGCUUCUCCCACCGCCACCGUGUGCAACCUUCCUCUGUACCGAGGCAGACCGUGCGCGGACGCCACCUCGCGGCUGAGAUGGUACUACAACUCCCAGAAGCGCACCUGCCUGACCUACACGCACAGUGGCUGCGAUCGAAAUGCGAAUUCCUUCGGCACUCGGGAAGAGUGUCUGGAAAACGUUAACGCCAAGAGAUGUGUCGUGAAGCGGACAUACAGCCAGCGGAUACCGGACCUACCACAGACCACAGUAGCACCCACUAAGGAUCCCGAGGUCGUCUGUAACAUGCUGAAGGACCGAGGUCCGUGCCGAGGGCGUCAGAAGAAGUAUUACUACCUGUCCACGCAGCGCAGGUGUGUGCGCUUCACGUAUGGAGGAUGCGGCGGGAACGACAACAGGUUUCACACCUACAUGGAGUGUAUGGACUUCUGCAAUGACCCCCGGACGAAGUGCCAGCGCCAACGGACCAAAGCCGCUAACGCCGGGCUGCAGGUGGGCAUGUUCAUCCCGGAGUGCCGGCCGGACGGCGCGUUUGAGGAGGUGCAGUGUCACGGCAGCACCGGACACUGCUGGUGCGUGGACAAGGAGGGGGAAGAGCUACCCGGGACACGGGUGGACAGGGGCUUCAAACCUACAUGUUCAGUCGAGCCGAAGGGCAAGUGUCACGUCGAUCGAGGACUGGCUAUCGAUGCGGGGUUGGGCCCCGGGGCGUACGUGCCGCAGUGCCGGGAGGACGGGACGUACGACCCGCUACAGUGUCACGGCAGCACCGGGGAGUGCUGGUGCGUCUCCGAGCAGGGUGACGAGAUCUCCGGGAGUAGGGUGUCACCAGGACAACUCGUUCCAAACUGUGGUGAUCUUUCAGCUCGGACAAAGCGCCCGCAGUCACAAUGCGAGCAGGAACAGCAGGAGGUCCUAGCGUUUGCCCUACCGGGGGCUUACGUACCUCAGUGCCGGGACGACGGCUCCUUCUCCCCGGUACAGUGCCACGGCAGCUCCGGUCACUGCUGGUGCGCCGACCAGUUCGGGAACGAGGUGGCGGGAACGAGAGUCCGCCCGGGAGAGAACCCCAGAUGUUCAGCCGAGCCUCCAGUAACGGAGGCUCCGCCCCAGACCAAGUGCCAGGAAGAGCGAGAAGACGCCAACAGUCGCGGCCUCCUAGCGGGCGUGUACGUACCGCAGUGUACGGAGGAGGGGCUGUACAACCCCAUCCAGUGUCACGGCUCUACCGGGCAGUGUUGGUGCGUCAACGACUCUGGGGAGGAGAUCAUGGGGACGAGAGUCAAAGCAGGGGAAUCACCUAACUGCGCAGGAACUCCCGCAACUAAAUGUCAGUUAGAACGAGAAGAAAUGCUGAGUGAGGGGCCUCUACUGGGUGCCUACAUCCCGACAUGCGCAGAGGAUGGCAGUUAUGACGUCAUCCAGUGUCACGACAGCACCGGACACUGCUGGUGCGUGGACCGGGAAGGAGAGGAGAUCCUGGGCACGAGAGUAGGGCCUCAGGAAGAUGUCGUCUGCGAAGAUGACGCAACCACGCCUAAGCCGGGCGUAAAAGAGGGCAAAAUGCCACUGGGAAGUGAAACGGAAGAAGUGACAGAAGCGCCCAAACCGACGGUGACCGUGAAAGCGGAGACACCAAAGAACGAGACAGAUAAGUUCCUGCCUCCCGAAAACGGACUGAACGCCUUCCUGAACCUGACCUGUCGCGACGCUAGGCGGCGCGCGUUACGUCUCUUCUGGUACAACUUUACUACUGCUGACGAAGUGAGCUACAUCCCCACAUGUACGGCGGACGGGAAGUUCUUCCCCAUGCAGUGUUACGGCGCGUCCGGGUACUGCUUCUGUGUGGAUGAGGCGGGGAAAGAGAUCCCCGGCACCGUGAGUGAGCCUGGCGCCAGGCCGGUCUGUUCAGGUGUUGAUGACGCCAAAGUAGACACUUGGGACACGGGAAGUGGGGAGGACGGAGGAGAAGAACCAACGGAAGAGAUAGAACUUUUUACAUCUGCCCCAACUCCGGACAAGGCCGUCCUACCCACCGAAUCACCAAUGGUGGACACAACCACAACCGCCAGCUCCGUAUUAGGCCUCGUCACCACUGCCGCAUCCAAACUUGGUCUCGUCACUACAGCUGCAUCCAAACCUGGUCUGGUCACAACUGUCACGCCCGUUCUCAACACAACGGCGGAGCUUGGGCCUGAUGUUUCCACCAGAAUGCCUACACUGUGUGAGCGUGCACGUGCGGAAGCCUUGACUGCCCUGAAGGCCUCCGAACAACACAACCGCUCCCGGUCGGCCUUCGUACCCACCUGUACCGAGGAGGGCAGGUACACGCCCCGGCAGUGUUACCUGGACGGAGUCAACUGCUUCUGUGUCAACAAGUACGGCAACGCACUGAGUGCCGUCACGAGAAUGACAGAGGGGGAGGAGCUAGAGUGUGAAGAACAUGACUACCAAACGGCAGCACCUCCUAUUGUGGAACCACGUACAGAACCAUCUAGACCAGUCGGCUGUUGUCCCCGUGGAAGCUCCCUUGUCCUCAGUCCCCCCGUGGUCGUGAAGGACGUGGGGCGGGGCGGAUGGUACAGUUCCUGGGCACGGGAUCCCCUCGAUCCCAACCCCAUCUACAUCUUCGACGGACCCCGCACGAUUCAGAAGUACGACAACGACUACGCCAUAGUGAACGACCAGGUGUCCCGUACAUGGACGCUCCCUAGCGACAUCGCUGGGAACGGCCAGCUCGUGUACGGCGGGUCGGCGUACUACAACCGGGCAGGAACUCAGGAUCUCAUCAAGUUUGAUCUGGAGAAUGAACGGGUCGCAGCAAGACAACAGUUGCCUUUUGCAGGUAUUCAAAAUUCGUACUCGUAUUCCUGGGGAGGCAGCACGGAUAUCGACUUCGCUGUGGACGAGUACGGACUGUACGUCAUCUACGGUACCCUGCAGAACAGGGGCAACAUGGUGGUCAGUCAGAUCAACCCGGAGGACCUGUCAAUCAUCAACACAUGGAAUGCUGGAUACUUCAAGCGUGCAGCCGGUAAUGCCUUCAUGCGGUGCGGCGUUCUGUACGCCACGGACGCCCACGACUUCACGGCGAAGAUCAGCUACAGUUUCGACACGCGUACGGAGCGGGAGCACGACGUGAUGGUACAACUCCGCGACCCGUACCGUUACAACACCAUGCUGGAUUACAACCCUGCCGACAAGAAGCUGUACCUGUGGGACGAGACAUACCUCAUCACGUAUGACGUCAUGUGUGAAAAGGACGACUCAGUUCCCGAAGUAACACCAGCAGCAACUACCCCACCUACUCCCACCACCACCCCGAUCCCUCCAGCACCAACACCACCCCCUACCCCCCGCCCAACCACGUCCCCCUCCCCCCGUGAUACCAUCUGCCGUCUGAAGAAGAGGCGAGGCCCGUGCAGGGCUAAGAUCAGCCGGUACUACUACCUGCCCAGCCGGGACACCUGCGUAAAGUUCCGCUUCGGAGGGUGCGGGGGGAACGCUAACAACUUCCACAGCUGGGCCGAGUGUAUGGAAACAUGUACAGAGCGUGGCGAGGCACCCAAAGCUCCCCAGCCCGGGCCAGCCGUGAACCCAGCCCGUGAGACCCCCCGCCCCGAGGUACCCAGCUACAUGGGCGACUCCUGUAUCCUGCCUGCGGAGCCCGGCCCGUGUCAGGAGGCACACAGCCGCUGGCACUUCGAUCCCGUCAACCGGGUGUGUCAGGAGUUCCAGUACGGAGGCUGUGGCGGGAACACCACCCGGUUUGGGUCAUGGAGGGAGUGUACCAUCAAGUGUCUAGGUCAGCAGGCAGUGCAUUGUGGAGGCUGUCAGCACGAGCGGCACGGGCUCCAUAGGGGUUACUGCAACAAUCAGUUUGUAAUGACCGGCAGGGUGUCCAAGUUGGAACUGACGCCAUCUUGGCGCGUCGUUACCAUGGUGACCAAAAGUGAGAUGAUCAGUAAGAGGGGCGGACUGAGGUCCAUCGAGUACCAAGGACGGGACCUGGCUGUACAAGUGCUCCUGCCAAGGAACUACAACAACAAACACGGAUGUCCGUGCUACGAUGUGGCCAGAGGAGCGGAGUAUGUGAUGAUGGGCCGUGUAGACGGGAACGGGUACGGCAUGGUGGACGAGAAGGGGUACAUGGCGGAGCUCAACAACAAGUACGCCCGCCGACUGCAGCAACUCAAGGCCAACCCCUUCAGCUGUUCGUACUCCUACCAUGAUACAUCACGCCAAGGUUCCAACCCGUACGCUCGGAACAACGGACAUAACCGUCAGAAUAGCCGAACGAAUCCUCAAAACCCCCGGUCAUACCCUCAAAAUCCUCAACCAAACCCAUAUCCUCGAUCCCACGUUCGUACCCACAGAAUCCACAAACAAGGCCCCAAAACCCUCAAACCUACCCACGGAACCCACAAUCUCAGAAUUCCCAAACAUAUCCACAGUAUCCCCGGUCAAGCCCUCAGAAUCCCCAACCUUACCCUCAGAACC